AGUUCUUCAGCCUUGCUAGAGGCAGGCUCAGCCCAGGAAGCUAACCUGUGAGAAAGUCCAAGGGUGUCCGGGUAGAGAAUGAAUGAGGAAGUUCUCUGAACCCAGCGGGUGGUUAAAGAGAAAUCGAAACUCAGCUGUUAAAACCGCUCUCCUUGCUCUUCAGAACCCCUUCCUCGAGCCUCCUUAGAAGCCCUUACCAGCAUCCGUCCCUCAAAGGCUGUGGCCAGGACCCCACGGGCUGUGGACCAUGUACACCCGCAGUAAGGUGGUGGGCCCAGGCUUGGGCACUUCCUCCAUCUCUCGGGACCACGCUGGAGCUGGGCAGCGCAGGGAGCUGGGCUUGCAGCAAAACCGGAGACAGAGUUUGGAGGUGGCAGCUCCCGAGGGCCCCAAGAUGGAGAGGCAGGGGCAUGCUGACCAGGGAAGCGCAGGCACAUACACCCUGAUAGCACCAAACGAGAGCAGAAGGCAGAAGAUACAGAGAAUUGCUGAGCAAGAACUGGCAGACCUGGAGAGAUGGAAGCAACAGAACAGGGCAAAACCAGUCUACUUGGUGCCACAACGGCUGGGUGGAAGCCAGUCUGAGGCUGAAGUCAGACAGAAACAACAGCUGCAACAGAUGCGUUCUAAAUACCAGCAAAAGCUCAAGAGGGAUGAAUCUAUUCGAAUCAGGAAGGAAGCUGAGGAAGCCAAGUUCCAAAAAAUGAAAGCAAUCCAGAGGGAGAAGAGUAAUAAACUAGAGGAGAAAAAGCAACUUCAAGAAGACAUCAGAAGAGCCACAUUUCGAGAGCAUCAUCAGUCCAAAACGGCUGAGCUCUUGAGCAGACUGGACACAGAGCGGAGAAACAGAAGUGCCUGUCUGAUUGCUCCUCCUGCCACCCAGUCCUCGAGAUGGAAACUUCCAGUCCUGCUUAGAGAUCCCAGCUGGGCCGGCAGCCAAGCACACAGGGAUUCUCCGCAGAAGGAAGACAACCCCAGGCUGCAAAAGACGAGGGAUGGACAUCAGAAGAAUAAAUUACUGGAAACUAAAGGACAGCACCAGGAGGAAGAAAGAGCCCAAAUCCAUCAAGCUGAACACUGGAGGGUAAAUAAUGCUUUUCUGGACCGACUCCAAGGCAAAAGUCAACCAGGUGGCCUCGAGCAGUCUGGAGGCUGUUGCAAUAUGAAUAGUACUGACAGCUGGGGUAUAUGAGAAAUCGUCACUUCUAUCUGGCCUUCAUCAGCUGACUUUUGAAAAUCCUCAUGAGAUGUGUUUCCUUAAUGCGGUUCUAUUUGGCAUCUGUCUUAAUUCCUUAAUUUCAACUGCCCACCCACUCAACCAAGCUGUUGUGGGUGGCCAGUUUCUCUCCAUCAUUAGUGAUGUGUAGUCUCUCAGAGACUGAUUACUGACUCCUGUUUAACCUCUACUGCCAGAAAAAUGUUACCUUAUCUUUUCUUAAUUUGCCUUGCCUUUUAUUAAAUGAAUAAGUAGAGAAAUGUUAGUAAAAUGGUAAAAGGGAAUCACGUGACAUUCAGGGUAGGAAGAGCUUGGAUGCUGUAGAUGUAUGUCUCUCUAAUUAACUUUUUUUUUUCUGUACUGAUUCUUACAGCAGGUUUAGGUAUACUUUGGGGUCUUUUAAAAUUCCUACUUUUUAAAAUCUAGGAUACAAAUGUGACCAAAAGAAGAUCUCUUAUACUUUCAUAGACAAAUUUAUAAAUAAAUUCUGAACUACUUCUUAUAUAAAUGGGUCAUUUUUAACAUGCUGUUUUUAUUAAUAAAUUGGUAAUUUCACAUAAUACAUCCCAACCCCUCUUACUUCUCAGUCUUUGCAGGUCUGCCCCACUAUCCUUGUGGCCUUCCCUCAAAAAAUAAAAAGAUGAAACAAAGUU